CCCUCCCAAAGUCCCAACUGAAUCAAACCGUUUUUUAUUUUUCCUUUUUUCUUUAAUUUCUUUAAUUUACUUUUGUAUUUCUUCUUUAAACUCAUCGCCUACAGCCUACAGGCUACAUGCCUUCUCGCUCUCCGCUUCCCCAAAAUAAUUAAAUAUAUAAAUAAAAGUAGAAUAUUCUACUCUCCGCCGGCGCCGGCAAGUCGACUUUCUGUCCAAACCUCGCAACUCCUCCCAGACCUCGGCGCGUCGUUUCAAUCCAAAUUUGGAAGAGAUCGAAGCUUUGAGAAAUUAUUGGUAAAUUUAGGGUUUUUGAUGUGGGUUUGCGUUUUUUGGAUGAUUUGCUUUGAGAGCGUUUCGGAGCUUUUUCUGAUUGGAGAUAAAUUUGGCAUUGGCAAUCGAUAAAGAUUUAUUGCAGAGAAAAGGAUCUUUCUUUUUGAGGAGAUGGUGUUAUUCCUUUGAAUUUUGGGGUGUACAUGAAUGCCAAGGCUGUCAAAUGUGCUUUAGCUAUGUGAAAAAUUGUGUCAAUGUGGUCUAAUUUAUGUAGUGUGGAUGGAUGUAUGUGAGUCAGAGCAAGCAUUGCGGAAGCACACGGCGGUGGUGAGCCCAAGACCACCGUUGGUUCCGGCGGAAAAGAACAAUGCAGUCACCACCCGGCGCCCUCGGACGAGGGAAGUUAGUUCUAGGUACAAGUCACCUGCUCCGGCAACGCCUGCCAGUCCCCGGCGUUUCCCUUCUCCAAACGUCACAAGAACAGUUCCUAUAUCUUCCCAUUUGGUACCUAAGAGAGCCCAGUCUGCUGAGAGGAAGCGGCCCUCCACACCCCCUUCUCCAUCAUCUAGGCCGUCUACACCAGUCCAUGAUUCAGCUGCCGAUAUACAAUUGUCAUCCAGAAGGAUAGGGAAUGGUCGGUCACCGGAGAGCUUAUGGCCUUCCACAAUGCGUAGUUUGAGUGUUUCAUUUCAAUCUGAUAGCAUAUCAAUUCCUAUCAGCAAGAAGGAGAAACCAGUAAGUACUCCAUCAGACCGCACUCUACGGCCGUCAUCGAAUGUGGCGCACAAGCACGUGGAAACACCUACCGUUCCAAGAAAACCCACGCCAGAGAGGAAGAGGAGUCCUCUUAAAGGAAAGAAUGCGCCUGAUCAGUCUGAGAAUUCUAGGCCAGUUGAUGGUUUACAUAUCCGAGUGAUGGAUCAGCAUCGAUGGCCAAGUAGAAUUGGUGGGAAUUUAUCUUCCAAUGCAAUGACUAAGAGCGUGGAUCUCGGUGACAGGGCAGUCAAGGCUUUCAGUAACCCAGUUCCGGGAAUUGGGUUAUCUUCGAUGAGGAGAAUGGUUGCAUCUGAUGGUAUGGGAAAACUUUUACCAAAGUCUGCUAGUGAUGCUGCGCGGCUAUUAUCGCUUGAUGGAAGUUCUAGAGUAGGAUUUGAGGCAAAUUCAAUUGAUGAUAAUACACUUCGGGUACUUGGACCUCACAAGUCUGUUUCUACAAGUUUAUCAGAUAGAACUACAUUAAUAACACCUGUAGUUAGAUCUCAAUCUUUGCCUACUCCUAUUGCACGGCGACCAUCACCUAGUAGGAACUUAGUGGUGUCAUCUUCUUUUGGUAAAGGUGUCAGUCCAUCUCGGACAAGACCUUCAACUCCUCCUUCUCGGGGGAUUAGUCCAUCUAGGAAUCGCCUUGCCAAUUCUUCUGGUCAAUCCCAUACUACUACUUCUGUGCUCAGUUUUAUUGCGGAUGUUAAAAAAGGAAAAAAGAGUGCAAGCUACGUAGAAGAUGCUCAUCAGCUGCGGCUGCUACACAAUAGAUAUUUGCAAUGGCGAUUUGCAAAUGCCCGGGCAGGGGCUGUACUUUAUAUUCAGAAAGUAACAACAGAGAGAACUUUAUUUAACGUUUGGAACGCUACACUAGAACUGUGGGAUUCAGUGAUCAGGAAACGGAUCAAUCUCCAACAGCUGAAGCUAGAGCUUAAGCUGAACUCAGUUUUGAAUGAUCAAAUGGCCUACCUUGACAAUUGGGCUUUACUUGAAAGCGAUCAUAUUGAUUCUUUAUCUGGGGCUGUAGAAGAUUUAGAGGCAAGCACUCUCCGACUUCCGGUAACUGCAGGGGCACGGGCAGAUAUUGAAUCUUUGAAAGCUGCUAUUUGCUCAGCAGUUGAUGUGAUGCAAGCAAUGGGAUCAUCUAUAUGCUCUUUGCUCUCAAGGGUGGAGGGCAUGAACAGUCUGGUUUAUGAACUUGCUGUCGUGGCAGCACAGGAGAAAGCCACGCUUGAUGAAUGUGAAGCACUACUUGCUUCAAUGGCAGCUAUGCAGGUUGAGGAAUACAGCCUUAGGACCCAUCUCAUACAAAUGGAACAAGAUUGGGAGAAGGGUAAGCUGAUCUUGGCAAUCAAGACACCUCCUUGACCCUGACCGCCGCUAAGCUAACAACUUACCGCCUUGUCUCUUCCGCAGAUACGACUUACCGCCUUGUCUGCCUUGGUUCAUUGCGAAUGUAUAUUUAUUUUUUAUUUUUAUUUUCUUUUUUAAUCUUCGAUGAGAAUUUUUAUUGCGUUUUAUCUCUUUUUUUCUUUUUUCUUUUUAUUUUCUUUCCACUACAAAAGAGCUAUUGGCUCCAUCCUUCCACUUGUAAUUUUUGUAUUAUGCAAAUGAAAAGAAAAUGCAAAGGAAGCAAAAAAAGAUUGAAAUUAAAUGUAGAAGUAGAGUUAAAAGGGGGGAAGAUUAGCAAAGAAAUUGUUUUAGAAGCAAA